UAGCUCUCGCCAACGGCUACCUCUAUCUCUCUCUCUAUUUGUCUGAUUAUCUCUCUCAAAACCAUUCACGCAAUCUUCUCUCUCUACUGUAAAGAUGAAGCAUUUCAUGAUGCCAAAAAAUCAAAUAUUGAGAGAGAAUCAUGAGUCCGCUACACCAUCCGCAUUUCCGAACCUUAAAAGUAAAUCGAUAGCAGCAGCAAGCCCUAGCAGCCGGAGACAAAAUUCUUCUAAAGAAAAUUCGGCGCCGACAUCAGAUCCGAACUCGACUGUUUCACCUGCCACUGCCAAGAUGAAGAGCCCGCUUCCUCCGCGGCCCACGCUCAAGCGGAAGCUCAGUGUGGAGGCCGCGGUGGGAUUGGAGAAUAGUGAUGGGCCUACGAAUCCUGCCGAUUCUGGUGUAAAGGUAAUAGUGCGCAUGAGACCACCAAACAAGGUUGAGGAAGAUGGAGGGUCAGUAGUUCAGAGAUUAUCAAAUGAUUCUUUGUCAAUAGCAGGGCAGACCUUUACAUUUGACUCAGUUGCAGAUAUUGAAUCUACUCAGAUUGAUAUAUUCCAGCUCAUAGGGGCACCCCUCGUUGAAAAUUGUCUAGCAGGAUUUAACAGCUCGGUGUUUGCCUAUGGCCAGACGGGAAGUGGAAAAACCUAUACUAUCUGGGGUGCAUCCAAUACCUCGUUGGAAGAACACGAUCAGCAAGGCUUAACACCUCGAGUUUGCCAGCGACUAUUUGAGCGCAUUAAUGAGGAACAAGUGAAGCAUGCUGAUGAACAGCUUGUGUAUAUGUGUCGAUGCUCUUUCCUUGAGAUUUAUAAUGAGCAAAUUACUGAUUUGUUGGAUCCAAAUCAAAAAAAUCUCCAGAUAAGAGAAGACGUCAAAAGUGGGGUUUAUGUCGAAAAUUUGACAGAGGAGUGUGUGUCCUCAAUGGAGGAUGUGUCACAACUUCUAAUAAAGGGAUUGUCCAACCGGAGAACUGGCUCAACAAGCGUAAAUGCUGAAAGUUCUCGUUCCCACAGCGUCUUCACUUGUGUUGUUGAAUCGCGAAGCAAGAGAAUGGCUGAUGGUGGGGUUAGCUGCUUGAAGAUGAGUAGAAUAAAUUUUGUUGAUCUGGCUGGAUCUGAAAGACAAAAGCAGACAAGUGCAGCUGGAGACCGCUUGAAGGAAGCGGGAAAUAUUAACCGUUCGCUUUCACAACUAGGGAAUUUAAUUAACAUUCUUGCAGAAGUUGCCCAAACAGGAAAGCAAAGGCACAUCCCAUAUAGAGAUUCCAAGUUGACAUUUUUACUGCAGGAAUCUCUUGGUGGGAAUGCAAAACUGGCAAUGAUAUGUGCGGUUUCUCCAGCCCAAAGCUGCAAGAGUGAAACUCUCAGUACUUUGAGAUUUGCCCAACGUGCAAAGGCUAUAAAAAACAAGGCAGUUAUUAACGAAGAAAUUCAGGAUGAUGUAAACGUUUUGAGACAAGUGAUACGACAAUUAAGGGAUGAACUGCAUCGAAUGAAGGGAAACGGCAAUCAAACAGGCCAAGUUGGAGCUUAUUCAACAGGAUGGAAUGCCCGGAGAAGUUUGAAUCUCCUGAAAUUUAGCCUCAAGCAGCCAUUGACGUUGCCCCACGUCUAUGAUGCCACUGAUGAAGAAAUGGAAAUCGUUGAGGAAGAAAUUGUUGAUGAGGACACAGAUGUUAAUAUAGAAGAUGAGGCACUCAAACCAGUUGAUGAGGAUAAAAAUAAUAUCACGGAUUGUGGUUCCAGAGAAAGAAACUCAGACAUAGAACUGCCAAAUAGUGAUUCUUGCGGACGCUACGCUCAGGGGGAGUAUAUUCCUUCAAUUAUUGAAAACUUGCCGGAUGAAGAUGGUGCAGCUCAUAAUCACUGUACUGUUCCAAUUGACACAUUGCCAGUUCUGAAGUCACCGACUCCCAGUGUUUCACCAAGGCUGAGCAAUAGCAGGAAAAGUAGUUUCACAUCAACAGAACAUUUGGCUGCAGCUCUUCACCGUGGUCUCGAUGUUAUAGGGAGCCUUCGUCAUAGUGCAGCUUUGGGACGAUCAUCAUUCAGAUUCUCUUGUGUACCAGCUGGUGCUAAAAUUGCUUGUGACAUUGUCUUUUCUGACAUGUAUAUCUUCUUGCCUAUGUGGACCAUUAAAGCAGAAGCAUAUUUUAGGUUAAAAAAAGUGAAGGCAGAAUAG